CUUGUGGCGGACACUCCAAACUAAAAAAUCGGACUAGGAGCCAAAGCAAUCGAACAUAAGACAACCAACAACCCUUGUGAUCCACGCUCGCUACACGUACACCAUGAGCCGCGACAGGGGGAGAGGCGGGUACGGCAGGGAUGACAGCCGCGACCGCGACCGCGGUGGCGACCGCGGGAGAGACUCCGGGCCGGGAAAGGUCUCCCUGCUCGUCCGCAACCUGACCUUCCGCACUCGAGUGGACGACGUGAAGCGUAUCUUCACCGACUUCGGGGACGUGCGCGACGUCUACCUUCCCCUCGACUUCGGCACACAGAAGCCUCGCGGCUUCGCUUUCGUGGAGUUCUACGACCCCGGAGACGCCGCCCACGCGAGAGACCGCCUCGAUGGCUACAACCUGGACGGCCGCAACAUCUCCGUCCUCUAUGCCCAGGAGAAGCGCAAGAGACCUGAAGAGAUGGUCCAGAAGGAAAGGGUCGAGGGCCGCGGGGGCUACGGCAGGGGGCGCUCCAGAUCGCGCUCGCGCGGGUACAGCGGCUACGCGGCCCGCCGCUCCAGAUCCCCCCCCCGACGUCGCUCCCGGUCUUCCUCGAGAUCCCCUCCCCGCAGGCGGGACCGGAGCUACUCCAGGGGCCGCGAGCGCCGCCGGUCGAGGUCCCGCUCCCGGAGCCGCUCCCGGAGCUACAGCCGCGGAGGCGACAGAAGCAGGGGACGGUACUCGCGCAGCCCCUCCCCCCGCCGCGAGCGGUCCCCUUCCCCGAGAGACCGCCGGAGGUACAGCGACGAGGAAGAGGAGGACAACAACAACACUGACACUGGCAAGGGCGGCGGCCGGGGCGGCGGCGGCGGCGGUGGCUACGAUGAGGAUGGCGGUGACGAGGAGGCUGGUCACGGCCGUGGGGAAGGUGAUGACGGCGACCAGGCUUAAGUUGUCGGGCGACGACGGCGUGCUGGUUGUUGGUUUGAACGUCCGCGUGCGUGCUGUGGCAGCUGGUGGGUUUUGGAGAAGCUACAGGCCGCUAGUGGUAGGUUAGCCAGUUGCGCAGCCGUAUGGUUGGUGGGAGCGUGCGCAGCAGGAGCUCGCGCUUCCAGGCGCUGCUGCUCAUUGAUGCAGGGCUCUAUUGGUAGUCAUGACGGAAAGAGGGAGAAGGAAAAGAAUUACAGUUUUAGAGAAGAAGCAGGGUCGCAGUUUGACGAGAAAGUGCGGGUCGUUAUUUUGUUAUUAUUGAGGUUGGGAAACGGUAUUAAACUACCAAGCGAGAGCGUGAAGGGGACACUCACUCGCUGUAGCUAUGUUCAGGCGUCCUGAUGGUCUUUUUGGUAGAUGUUGUCUCGAGUAACGUUAAUAUUAGGAGCAGCCAUGCCUCUUGCGUGCGGUGUCGGGACACACACGUGUCGUUGUUGGGCGUAUGCCCCUCGUCGCGCACCGUGAACAGGACUUUUGGGGUAACGAUUAUCAGCGGGCACCGCACCCAGCGCGAGGUUCGGCAGUCAUGUCUGUAUGCCGUGGCCGGAAUGUCGCCGCCUUUCGUUGCCGCAAUUCUGUGCAGGUAUGCAGCUCACGGGUGGGAUAGCAUGUGCGUAUCGUUGGCUGGCGUAUCGUAGACAUAGUGUGUAGCUCACAACGGAGUGAUGGUCGUUGAAAGCCGGCGUUUUCGGUAAACGAACCACUACAACAGAAGGAUCGUCUGGUGGUGCCUUGAGGUCGUUUCUUGUUUCCUCUUUGAUUGAGAGGAACCCAAACAGCGACCUGGAAAGGUCUUGGCACCUGUUGUCGAGCCAAUGGAUGGACAAAUAGAUUUGGGUUGUCCCUGCCGUCAGGACUCUGUCCCUGGAAGAACUGAUGGAACUCCACAAGCCGGAAUGGUUUCCCAUGUAUAUUUGUAACUCCCAGGUUAGUUAAGUGAACGAACGU